UCUCCGAGUUGCUUCGCUAAGCAAGUUAAAGAUUUGUUUAUGGUUAAACAUCUUUUACAACACCGUUAAUUAGCGGCUCGAAAAUCUCUCCAUUGUAAUCGUGAAUAAAAAUGGAAAACAGAAAAUCCGAUACUAGUAAAUUGAAAGAAUAUGAAUCAAUCAUCAGUUCGCAGAAGGAGCAUAUCAAUCGAUAUGAAAGCCGCUUGAAAGAUAUUAUAGUUGCUUACAAAGGAUUAGCCAAGGAAAAAGCAGCGUUGGAAACAACGCUGCAAACACUUAGCUGCGAAGGAAACACUAUAGCAAAAAAGCCUUCCACAGAAUCGGACGGUGAAGCGAACACGAUAAAAAAUGCGGCACAAGACGGUACCAGCGCUUCCCACCAAUCAUCUGACGAUCAGGUGCAAAAAUUAACAAAGAACAUCGCAACACUGACGUCGGAGCGGAAUCGUAUUGAAGAGGUUUUGAAGCGAGAACGUAACCAGCUUCGACAAGACAUGGCAGCUAAGAAUGCAACAAUCGAGGAACUAACAAAGCGACUAAAAACGUUCGAAAAUCACCAAAAACAUCGUUCAACCACGCAGGAAGACCAAUCGCUGACGAUCAGAGAGUUGAAAAAAAUGUUAGAUGAUGAGCGCAACUUGAAGGAAAAACUAGAGCUGCAACUGGGGGAUCUUAAAACACAAUUUCUUCUCAAUCUACCGGAACGAUCGGAGGGGUCCAAGAGACGAGCUGGAAUGACAUAUCCGUCGCCGCUGGGGGAUAGUAGCGAAGCAGACCCAAAUAGGGGCGACACUAGUGUAAACGAGUCCUUGCUGGAUUUGCAGCAGGAACUAGUUCAUCUUAAGCGACAAUACGCCAAUGCUGUUGCCGAUGAAAAGCAACGCGUGAGGCUGGCUGAGGAACGGAGCCAACGACUGGGAGAGAUUCAUGAAGAGCGCGUUGCUAAUCUGGAGUCCCGUAUAACAGAACUUAGCGAAAUGAUUGGAAAAUAUGAUCGUCUUAGGGAACAAGAUAAAGAAAACAUCCUACAGCUGAAGGAAACGAUUGCGCAAAUGAAAACCAGUGAUGGGGAGGAAGUAACAAAAAGUCCCAGCGAUGGUCUCUACCGGGAAUCGAUAGAGGAUGGUUAUGGAUCCGGAGACCAUUACAAACACCAUGCUCGUGAAGAGGUCAAUGCGGCACCAAACGAAAUAUUUGAUGCAAAUUUAUUGCUAAUCGGAACAUUGGAAGGCGAUAAGCAAGAGAAGCUGGAAAUGCAGAAAGAGUUCGAAAAUUAUAAAAGAGGAUAUGAACAGUGCGUGGCGGAAAACCAGAAGCUCAAGGAGGAGCUUCUGUCGAUUCAGGAGUAUAACAGGCGACUUCUGCAAAAGCUUGAUUCCCUCAAGCAAACGCUUGUCUACAAUGAAACCGAAUUUGAAAUGAAACUGGCCGAACAAACGGCGACAUUAAAAACCGAAACGGCGAAACAUAACGAAGCGCUAUGUACGUUGCAAGCAUCUUUCGAGAGCCAAAUUGGCCAUCUACAAGAUACGUUGCAAAAACAACGUGAGCGUUCUUUGACAGUUAUGGACGAGAAGGACGAGGAAAUUAAAACCCUACGAACAUCCCUGGAAAUACUUUCUCUUUCGACAGCGACGCUCCGCCAACAGGACCACACGACCAUGCCUGCGAGAGAACCGCAAGCAUCCGGGUCAGUAAUGGUAGCAUCUUUUGGCUCUUCGCCAGACGAGCAACAACAUCUGAUUCAUUACGCCCAGGAAAUAGCGCGAAAGAACGUGGAAAUAAGUGCGCUGCGUACAUCAAAAAAUGCCAUGGAUGCAACUCUUCGACAAACGCUUCAAGAAAAGGUGAUGAUUGAAGAGAAUUGUAAAGAAAAAAUGUCUCAAAUGGCACGGGAGAUUGAGCGUCUGAGGCGUAAUUAUCAGCUAGAGGGAUCGAAUCUGGAAUAUUUGAAAAAUGUCGUGCUUAGCUUUUUGUUGUCUCGUGACUCUGAAAGUAAAAAACAUAUGACCAAUGCAAUUGCAGCCGUGCUGAAAUUUGAUGAUAGUGAAAUUCAAGCUGUAAACAAUGUGAAAUUCUAGAUAAUAAUUAAAUGAUAUCCACGUUACACAUAAUUUCGUUUUAUAUUUUGGUCCAAAGUGCACGCACAAGAAGUGUGUAGAAAUCGUGUGCGUACUAAAGGUAGGUUUUGAUGUAUGUUGUUUUGGAUGAAUUUAAAAAAUAUUUGAUACUUCUGUACAUAUUGCUUGUGCGGAUGUCUUAUUUAUUUAUUAUUCGAUGGUCUUAACGAAAUAUCCACUGGCUAACCUUAGCGCUUGGGCGUACAAAAAUUCACUCGAUAUUAUUAUUAUGC